AUGGACGUGUCCAGGGGCUUCUUCAGUAAUCUGCGCGACGUGUGCCUCACGCUAGAGAAGAACACUAGGCAGCUCGAUCAGGCCUUACGCAGAGAGGACAUGGACUAUGAAGAUGAAUCUCCAGUAGGAGUCUUACAUGACCUCCAUUGUGAAAUCAGGACUCUGAAGGAAGAUAUUAAUGCCAGUCUUGGUAAGAGUUGCUCUUCAAAAGAAGCAAUUCAUGAUUUUAUGAAGGAAACUGAAACACUGAUAGAAAGAAAUGCAUCCAAUCUUGGAAAAAUAAGAGAGCUGUUCCAGAAAUAUGGCUACGAACCACAUGUCAAAAACUCCACAGAAGAGAAGGAAGAAGUUAACAGUUAUUCAGCAGUGUCUGUCCAGAAUAAAUCUGAUGAAGAGGAAGCAGAUGAUGUACCUCAUCUUCCAGCUUCUGCUGAGAAGCCACUGGUGCCCAAAGACCCGCUGUGUAACCCCCAACUUUCUGAUUUUGGUCUUUCACAAUACGCUUUCUCCAGGCCUUGGAGUGCAGCAGAACAACAACCCCCAACAAAAGCAUGUCAAGAACAUGAUUCAAAUAAUAGGACUCCACUGAAAACACCAUCUCCUUCUAUUUUGCCCAAAACACCUAAAUGUAGGCUGAAAAUGGAAGAUUAUGAGUGUGCAACACCAAAACUUGAACACUUUGGCAUUAGCGAACAUACCAUGUGUAUGAAUGAAGAUUAUACGAUGUCACUUAUUCACAAAACUGCUCAGGCAGUCACAAAGUUCGUUAAAAAUGUUGAUCAUGAAAUGAAAAUACCAGAGAUGACAUCCAGGGGAAUCAUUGUUACUCCUAGGCCAAAACAAAAAGGGCCAACUGAGAAUGCAGCAGCUGACUGGAUGGCUUCUCCUAUGGUGUUUGUGUUCUGUACUCCUGAUGUGAAAAUCUCUCCCAAAACAAAUAGUACAGUAUCAUCAAGGUCACCAGGGACAAAUGAGCUGCCUCCUCCUAGUCAGACAGAAACACCACGAUGUCCAGAUUUUGAAACAAGAUGGCUAGUAAGAGAAGCUAAGGUACAAGUAAUGCAGAGGGAAAAGAUUCAGUCAGUGACAAAGAAAGAUGUAACAAAUAAAAAACCCACAGAAGAUAGAAUUCCUUUUGCUGUGAGCUCUGACAACUAUCUUAAACGUUUUGGAGACCCUUCUCCUCCCAAAAUAAAAUCCUAUGAUGAAUUACUUGAUACUCCUCCACCUCCAGAAAUAACAAGGAUACCAGAUGAUGUUCUACAGAUUUUGUUCAAGUAUAAUCAUAAAGCAGACUCUUCUACAGACAAGGAAAUGGAGACCAAGGCAGGAAGUACUACAAGAUAUGAAAGUGAUUUCAAAUACUGCAACAAAGAGAACAGGUAUUAAGUUUUACAAAUUUGGUUAAGUAAUUUAAUUUGCAGAAGCUACAGAAAUGUUUUAAUGCAUUUGGAAAUUAAUUCAGCUACUUGCUUUUAAGCUACCC